AUGUCAUGUUCAGACAUUUUUUUUAAGUCCUCCUCUUCAUCUUCUUCAAUUUCUUCAAACUUUGUUGUCACAAAACCUCACUAUUGGGGCCAUUUGCCAACCCAUAUUACAAAAUCACACUUUCCUCGCAUUCAUUGUCAUUCAUCCCUAAAGGAUCGGAAGAGCAAGAAGAAGAAGGCGUAUGGCGGUAAUUUACCUUCAAUUUUGAAAUCUUUAGAGUAUUCUGUUGAUGUUGAAGCGACCCUUGAUUCUUUCUCUGAGAAUCCUAGUCCUAAAGAGAUAACUGUUAUACUUAGGGAACAGGGGAGGUGGGAGCGUGUUGUUAAGGUUUUUGAGUGGUUUAAGUCACAGAGAGGGUAUGUUCCCAAUGUGAUUCACUAUAAUGUUGUGCUUAGCGUUCUUGGUAAGGCUCAGAGAUGGGACCAAUUGAGGCUUCUCUGGAUCGAAAUGGCAAAAAACGGGGUUUCACCUACUAAUAACACUUAUAGCAUGCUUGUUGAUGUGUAUGGGAAAGCAGGUCUUGUUAGAGAAGCACUUCUGUGGAUUAAGCAUAUGAGGUUGAGGGGUUUUUUUCCUGAUGACGUUACAAUGAGUACGAUUGUUAAGGUGUUGAAGGAUGCGGGAGAGUUUGAUAGGGCAGAUAGGUUUUACAAGGAUUGGUGUGAUGGUAGGGUUAUGUUAGAUGAUCUUGAUUUGGAUUCUCUAUCAGUUACUGCUACGAAUGGUUCUAGAUCGAUGCCUAUUAGUUUCAAGCAUUUCCUUUCGACCGAGCUAUUUAAGACGGGUGGGAGAAACAUUUUGAAUUCAUCAAACAAGGAGAUUGGUCCCCAGAAACCCCAGUUGACUUCAACUUUCAAUACCUUGAUAGAUUUGUAUGGCAAGGCUGGACGGUUAAAGGAUGCUGCCGAAGUCUUUGCUGAUAUGUUAAAAUCCGGAGUGGCAAUGGAUACAAUCACUUUUAAUACUAUGAUCUUUAUCUGUGGAAGUCAUGGUAAUUUGUUGGAAGCUGAAUCUCUGCUUAAUAAAAUGGAAGAAAAGGGUAUAUCCCCUGAUACGAAAACUUACAAUAUCCUUCUGUCCUUGUAUGCUAAUUCGGGGAAUACUGAUGCUGCUCUUUGUUGUUAUAGAAGGAUUAGAGAUGUUGGGCUCUUUCCGGAUGAUGUAACUCACAGAGCUCUUCUUGGUGCGCUAUGUUCAAAGAAUAUGGUUCAAGCUGUGGAAACUCUGAUUGAUGAAAUAGAGAAAUCUUCUGUUUCUGUUGAUGAGCACUCUCUUCCUAGUAUCAUCGAGAUGUAUGUUAACGAAGGAGCCCUUGACAAAGCAAAUGAUAUGCUUCAGAAAUUUCUAAUGAACGGUGUACCAUCAUCAAGUAUAUGUGCUGCAAUUAUGGAUGCUUUUGCUGAAAAGGGACAUUGGCUUGAAGCCGAGAAUGUGUUUUAUUGGGAAAGAGGUGUGCCUGGACAGAGAAGGGAUGUCAUAGAAUACAAUGUCUUGAUCAAAGCGUAUGGCAAAGGAAAACUUUACAACAAAGCUGUUUCUCUCUUUAGGGGAAUGAAGAAGCAUGGAACUUGGCCUGAUGGUUGCACUUAUAAUUCUUUCAUUCAGAUGUUAUCCGGUGCUGAUUUAGUCGAUCAGGCAAGAGAUCUCAUGGUUGAAAUGCAAGGGAUGGCAUUUAAGCCGCAUUGUCAGACUUUUUCUACUGUUAUUGCAUGCUAUGCUCGUCUCAGUCAGCUUUCUGAUGCUAUCAGUGUGUACCAGGAAAUGCUACGAGCCGGAGUAAAACCAAAUGAGGUUGUGUAUGGAUCUUUAAUAAACGGAUUUGCAGAAUACGGUAGUCUUGAGGAGGCACUUAGGUAUUUCAACAUUAUGGAAGAAUGCGGAUUAUCUGCCAAUUUAGUUGUGUUGACAUCCUUGCUAAAGUCUUAUUGUAAGGUUGGGAACUUGGAAGGAGUAAAAGCCAUUUAUGAACGGAUGCAAAACUUGGAAGGUGGUCUUGAUUUAGUUGCGUGCAAUAGUAUGAUCAGUCUCUUUGCAGAUCUCGGAUUGGUAUCCGAAGCCAAGAUGGCUUUCAAAAAUUUGAGAGAAAAGGGCUCGGCAGACUGGAUUUCAUACGUGACAAUGAUGUUUCUUUAUAAAGAUGUGGGAAGGAUCGACGAGGCCAUUGAGAUCGCGGAGGAGAUGAGGCUUUUAGGUUUACUGAGGGAUUGUGUUUCAUAUAAUAAGGUACUGGUAUGUUAUGCCACUCAUGGACAGCUUUAUGAGUGUGGUGAACUAAUACAUGAUAUGAUAUCUAAGAAGCUUUUGCCAAAUGAUGGAACUUUUAAAGUGUUGUUCACUGUAUUAAAGAAGGGAGGGUUUCCAAUUGAAGUAGUUGUACAGUUGGAGUCAUCACUGAAGGAGGGGAAGCCUUAUGCGCGACAAGCUGCGAUCACUGCUUUGUAUUCUUUAGUUGGUAUGCACGAUUUGGCGCUUAAAUCCGUUCAGACAUUCAUAGAAUCCGAGGUUGAUCUUGACUCCUAUGCAUAUAAUGUGGCAAUCUAUGCAUACGGUUCGGCUGGAGAAAUCAACAAGGCCUUGAACACAUACAUGAAAAUGCAGGAUAAGCAUUUGGAGCCUGACAUUGUGACUUAGAUUAAUAUGGUAGGUUGUUAUGGAAAAGCUGGCAUGGUUGAAGGCGUGAAACGGAUAUUUACCCAACUAAGAGGCGGAGAGAUCAAGCCAUGCAAGUCUUUGUUCAAGGCUAUUAUAGAUGGUUACAAAGUUUGCAAUAGAAAGGACCUAGCUGAGUUAGUUAGCCAAGAGAUGAAAAUCACAUUCAACUUGGAAGAAAAUAAUGAAGUUGAGAGCAAAAUUGAAAGUGAAAAUGGAAGUGAUUGUGAUUGAUUUUGAUGAAAGCUUCUUUGAGGUCUGUUAAAUCCACAGGUGGUUGUAUAUUAGGGGAGACAAAUUUAUGUAUGU